GAGCGGCGCCGGUGGAGGGGGCUCACACAUAGUGGACCUGCACGGCGCUCCGCCUGCGUCUCGCCGCUGCACAAUUAUUUAAAACACUACUUGAACGAUCUAGGAUCUAUACCUCCGAUUAAGGCGAUCCCGCAGCUUCCGGACGUUUGGUGUUAGUUGAAUACGCUCCAGUUUCAAUACAUACAAAUUAUUUUUGUGUGUGUGUGUGUGCAGAAUCCCUCAUCCGCCCGGCGUUAAGAGGAUUGAUUCUGUACUUGCUUUUUUUCGCAAUUGAAUCCGGCUGUUUUCCUCUGAAUUAUUUUCUGUCCUGGGAGGUUUAAGAAGGUUUUUGUCUCCUCUGUGUGGACUUUGUACUCCUUCCCGAUAGACAUGGAAGAAGACAUUUCGGUGCCUGAGGACCUCUCCCUGGAGGAACGAGACGAGCUGUCAAAUAUACGACGUAGGAAAAAAGAGCUUCUGGAUGACAUUGAGAGGUUGAAAUUUGAGAUUGCAGAAGUCAUGACGGAAAUCGAGCACUUGACCUGUAUGGGAGAGAGCAAAACCUCACAAAGGAACAAGCAAAUUGCCAUGGGAAGAAAAAAAUUCAACAUGGAUCCCAAAAAGGGUAUCCAGUUUCUUCUUGAAAACGACCUCUUGCAGAACACCCCUGAAGACAUCGCACAGUUUCUCUACAAAGGGGAGGGCUUGAAUAAAACGGUUAUUGGAGAUUACCUGGGAGAGCGAGACGAAUUCAACAUUAAGGUGCUGCAGGCCUUUGUCGAGCUCCAUGAGUUUGCAGACCUCAACCUUGUGCAGGCUUUAAGGCAGUUUCUAUGGAGCUUCAGACUUCCUGGGGAGGCUCAGAAGAUCGAUCGCAUGAUGGAAACAUUUGCAUCACGGUACUGCCAGUGUAAUCCUGGCGUCUUCCAGUCUACAGAUACGUGCUACGUCCUUUCCUUCGCGAUCAUCAUGCUGAACACGAGUCUGCACAACCCCAAUGUGCGGGACAAGCCCGCAGUGGAGAGGUUCAUCUCCAUGAACCGCGGGAUCAACGACGGAGGGGACCUGCCCGAAGAGCUGCUCAGGAAUUUAUACGAAAGUAUUAAAAACGAGCCGUUCAAAAUCCCCGAAGACGAUGGCAACGACCUCACACACACGUUCUUCAACCCGGAUCGAGAGGGCUGGCUGCUGAAACUCGGUGGAAGGGUGAAAACCUGGAAACGAAGAUGGUUCAUCUUGACGGACAAUUGCCUGUAUUACUUUGAAUACACGACGGACAAGGAGCCCCGUGGGAUCAUCCCAUUGGAGAACCUGAGCAUUAGGGAGGUUGAUGAACCCAGGAAGCCUAACUGCUUCGAGCUCUACAACCCCAACCACAAGGGGCAGGUGAUCAAGGCGUGCAAGACGGAGGCGGACGGCCGGGUGGUGGAGGGGAACCACGUGGUGUACAGGAUAUCCGCCCCCACGCCCGAGGAGAAGGAGGAGUGGAUCAAGUCCAUCAAAGCGAGCAUCAGCAGGGAUCCUUUCUACGACAUGCUGGCCACCAGGAAGAGAAGAAUAGCCAAUAAGAAGUAACCUGCUGCCUAGCGGCGGACCCGUGCGGAGCUGUACGUGCAGUGCAGAUUCAGAGACGCAGGAAUUUGCUGCAUUUAUAACACGAGAUCCUGGGCAAGAGGACCAUGGACUGAUAACAGGCAAGGGGAUGAAGGAACGAAACACAAGACAGGCCCCACUCAUGUUUUGUCUGCUUAUAUACUUGGUGAACCAGGAGACGCUGGACAAGAAAAGUAAAAAAAACACCUGCUGUGAUGAGUGACACAUGGGUACUCAUUAUUGUGGGAAUGUUUACCCUCUGUGUACUUGUAUUCGAGGUGGUUUGCUUGUCCAGUUAUAUGUAUCAUGUGCAUGUAUCUAUGUAUACAUGCAUUUCUGUUUAUGUAAUGUGUACAUACUUAUAUCCACACACAGAGAACGAGAUUGAACCUUUGUACUUUUUCUUUGUAAGAAAAUAAAACUACAGUUUCUUUAAUUGACGGGCAUUUUUGGACGGCACUGAAGAUGCAUGCUGUUGAUCGGUGAUCAGUCUUGAAGGAGAAAAAGUGCUCUUAGAAACUUGCAAUCUGUUCAUCUUUCAAAAGCUGGAAAUCUCACACAGGGAGGCUCACAGUGGUACCUGGCAUAGCCGUGACCACAGCCCCAGAAUGUGUACUGAAUGCAGCUCCUGAAAAGCACUAGAUGAAUUCAGUCACUUGACCAAAAGAGGCUCUAGAUUUACCUACUGCUCUUCAGGUCAGGGAUCUUUCUCUACAACACUUUCACAGCCACAUUGUUGGCACAAGAGGGUUCUUAUUGACAAGUGCACGUCCGAUGCCAUUUCGUCUACUAAUAUUCCAGAGAUAUAUAGCUAGUAUAUAAAUCUAUAAAAGGUCAGAGGAAAAUUUCAUAGCAGUCUGAGUCAGCUGGACUGAUUUCAUCUUAAAAAAACAACAACACUUUAUUAGUUUUCUUUCUUUCUCGGUGAAACAUGGGGUACCAGCCAGUUAAUUAAGCUUGUCUUACAGAACUCCCUUAAAGAAGGCAGCAUGAGCAGUGCAAUCAAUA